CGUGCGCGCGGAGACCGACCACCACCACCACCUCCUCCGGUUGCCUCCGGCCUCGCCUCCCCCUUCCGUCCCUCCUCCUUCCCCGCUCGAGCCUCAACGACUGCCCGCCCCCACGUGGGCGCGAAAGCUCGUCGCCGGAGGCCAUGGCGGCGGCGGAGGUGUACUCGCCGACCGCGGCGGCGGCGGCGCAGCAGCAGCAGCGGGGGAAGGCGGCGUCGCAGGCGUGGCGGGCGGUGGUGGGGUGGAUCGGCUUCGUCCUCCAGGUCCUGCUCCAGAUCCUCCGGGGCACCCCAUCCUGCGCCCAGCUCCUGUCCUUCGUCGGCUUCCGCUACCCCCUCCUCUCCGGGCCCGCGGCCUCCGAGCCGUCGCCGGAGGUGGCCUUCAUGCCGCUCCGCUCCGAGAUCCCAGCUGACGUGGCCCCUGCACCAGAGGCUCCACCUGAGCCUCUUGGCCGCCUCACGGUAGUGCUUGAUUUGGAUGAGACUUUAGUUUCUGCAUAUGAAUCAUCUAGUCUUCCGGCUAUUGUACGCACCCAAGCUGUUGAAGCAGGAUUACAUUGCUUUGACAUGGAAUGUAUAUCAUCUGACAAGGAUGUUGAAGGAAAACAGAAGGUGAAUCACGUGACUGUUUUUGAGCGCCCUGGUUUGCAUGAGUUCUUGCAGAAAACUAGUGAAUUUGCAGACCUUAUCCUUUUUACAGCAGGUUUAGAAGGUUAUGCUAGACCUUUAGUUGACCGCAUAGAUGUUCACAACAGAUUCAGACUCCGUCUCUAUCGGCCAUCAACUGUCACCACGGAAUACAGAGAACAUGUGAAAGAUCUUUCUUGUGUGUCAAAAGAUUUCUGCAGAAUCGUGAUUGUCGACAACAAUCCAUUCAGUUUCAUUCUUCAGCCUUUGAAUGGAAUACCUUGUGUUCCAUUUUCAGCUGGACAGCAUUCUGAUGAUCAGCUCAUGACGGUUAUAUUUCCACUUCUGAAGCAUCUUUCACUCCAGAAAGAUGUCCGACCUGUAUUGCACGAAAGGUUUCAUAUGCCAGAAUGGUUCCAAAAGCAUGGGAUCCCCCAAACUAAUCAGGCAGUGUAAGUUCUGUUGCCGCCCUAUGAAACUGUUUUGAUGAAGGUUGAAGUGACUACCACGCCAUAAUUCCCUUAAGAGGGGGAGCACUUGUACAUUAUCUAUAUUCAUUUAGGGUUCCUGAUAAAUCGAGUCACUGUUCAUAUGGAGUUGCCACAUCCGAAGAUAAGAAAAUUGUAAUGUAGCAUAACGUCAGAUUUGUAUUUGUGUAGUGGAGCAUUUUUAUAUCAAUUAAUUGUUGUAUAUCAGCUCUUGUUGUAAAAUUUGAUUGCUGACAGUUCAGAUAGUCUAAUGAACAGUUCAUGGGUCAACGACAUCAAAGCUUACACCA